AACUGGUCCGAGGGCGCGCGCGAGAGAGGAGAGGGAGCGAGUUGAGGGAUUGACACAAAUGGUCAGGCGGCGGCGGCGGAGAAGGAGGCGGAGGCGCGGGGGGGAGCCGAGGCCGCUGGGCUGCCCAGAGUUGUGCGCCCUACCCGGCCGCGGCCACUAGCGCGGCGCCGCCAGCCAGGAGCCCGAGAACCGAGGGGCAGGAAGGCAGGACGCGACCCCGGCGCGCCCGAGCCACCCAGGCUGUCCCCGCCGCCCGCGCUUCAUGAAUCGCAAGUUUCCGCGGCGGCGGCGGCUGCGGGACGCGGAGCGGGAGCCGGGGGAGCGGGCCGAGUGCGGCUGGGGCUCGACGUAGGGCACCGGCGCAGAGGAGAUCGCCCCGGGCGCAAGGAGAGCCGCCGCCCGCCGCUCCACCGCCAGCUCUAGCGGAGCGGCGCCAAGAAAGGAGCCGAAAAAGUAUGGCUGAGGAGGAGGCGCCUAAGAAGUCCCAGGCCGCCGGCGGCGGGAGCUGGGAACUUUGUGUGGGGGCGCUCCCUGCCCGGCGGGCGGCGGAGGGGAGCGGGGACAGGGGCAACGGUCGCCGCCCCCCAUCUGACCCCGGGCGCUUGGCGCGCCGGCUGCUGCUGCUGCUUUGGCUGCUAGAGGCUCCACUGCUGCUGGGGGUCCAGGCUCAGGCGGCGGGCCAGGGGCCGGGGCAAGGGCCCGGGCCAGGCCAGCAGCCCCCGCCGCCGCCGCCUCAGCAGCAGCAGAGCGGGCAACAGUACAACGGCGAGCGAGGCAUCUCCAUUCCGGACCACGGCUACUGCCAGCCUAUCUCCAUCCCGCUGUGCACGGACAUCGCGUACAACCAGACCAUCAUGCCCAACCUGCUGGGCCACACGAACCAGGAGGACGCAGGCCUCGAGGUGCACCAGUUCUAUCCGCUGGUGAAGGUCCAGUGCUCCGCUGAGCUUAAGUUCUUCUUGUGCUCCAUGUACGCGCCCGUGUGCACCGUGCUGGAGCAGGCGCUGCCGCCCUGCCGCUCCCUGUGCGAGCGCGCGCGCCAGGGUUGCGAGGCGCUCAUGAACAAGUUCGGCUUCCAGUGGCCCGACACGCUCAAGUGCGAGAAGUUCCCGGUGCACGGCGCCGGCGAGCUGUGCGUGGGCCAGAACACGUCCGACAAAGGCACUCCGACGCCCUCGCUGCUGCCGGAGUUCUGGACUAGCAAUCCCCAGUACGGCGGCGGGGGCCACCGCAGCGGCGGAGGCGGCUUCCUGGGGGGCGCCGGCGCGUCGGACCGAGGCAAGUUCUCGUGCCCUCGUGCCCUCAAGGUACCCUCGUACCUCAAUUACCACUUUCUGGGGGAGAAGGACUGCGGGGCGCCCUGUGAGCCAACCAAGGUGUACGGGCUCAUGUACUUUGGGCCGGAGGAGCUGCGCUUCUCGCGCACCUGGAUCGGCAUCUGGUCGGUACUAUGCUGCGCCUCCACACUCUUCACGGUGCUUACGUACCUGGUGGACAUGCGGCGCUUUAGCUACCCCGAGCGACCCAUCAUCUUCCUGUCUGGCUGCUACACGGCUGUGGCCGUGGCCUACAUUGCCGGCUUCCUGCUGGAGGACCGGGUGGUGUGUAACGACAAGUUCACCGAGGAUGGAGCGCGCACGGUGGCGCAGGGCACCAAGAAGGAGGGCUGCACCAUCCUCUUCAUGAUGCUCUACUUCUUCAGCAUGGCCAGCUCCAUCUGGUGGGUGAUCCUGUCACUCACCUGGUUUCUGGCGGCCGGCAUGAAGUGGGGCCAUGAGGCCAUCGAGGCCAACUCGCAGUACUUUCACCUGGCCGCCUGGGCGGUGCCGGCCAUCAAGACCAUCACCAUCUUGGCGCUGGGCCAAGUGGACGGCGACGUGCUGAGCGGGGUAUGCUUCGUGGGGCUUAACAACGUGGACGCACUGCGCGGUUUUGUGCUGGCGCCUCUCUUCGUGUACUUAUUCAUAGGUACGUCUUUCCUGCUGGCUGGCUUCGUGUCGCUCUUCCGCAUCCGCACCAUUAUGAAGCACGACGGCACCAAAACCGAGAAGCUGGAGAAGCUCAUGGUGCGCAUCGGGGUCUUCAGCGUGCUCUACACGGUGCCAGCCACCAUCGUCAUCGCCUGCUACUUCUAUGAGCAGGCCUUCCGGGACCAGUGGGAGCGCAGCUGGGUGGCCCAGAGCUGCAAGAGCUACGCCAUCCCCUGCCCCCACCUCCAGGCGGGUGGGGGCGCCCCGCCUCACCCGCCCAUGAGCCCAGACUUCACAGUCUUCAUGAUCAAGUACCUUAUGACACUGAUCGUGGGCAUCACGUCAGGCUUCUGGAUCUGGUCGGGCAAGACCCUCAACUCCUGGAGGAAAUUCUACACCAGGCUCACCAACAGCAAACAGGGGGAGACCACCGUCUGAGACCGGGGAGCUCAGCCCAUUCCCAGCCCUCAGCCCGGUCCCAGCCACUCCCCAAAAGCUGGCCCCGAGGAGUCCAUUGCAAGCCCGGCUUCCUCACUGAAUACUCACUUUCACAGUCUUCUUUCAACAACGCAGCUCCUGCAAAAGCAUCCGUCCCUGGGGGCAGAGGGCCCAAGGGGCCCGACUGCUGAGACGGGAGAUGGACUGUCCUCUCUCGCUCUCACUCUCCUACCAGGACUGUACACUUUCAUGGUUGUAAAUACCCUGUGUAAGAUUUUUGUAAGUAUAUUUGUAUUUAAAUGACAGCUAAUCACGCGUUUUUUUUUUUUAAUUUUAAUUAUUUAGAGCAGUUUAUCUAUUUGAGGCUUUUCUUCUUGCCCUUUUCAGAUUUCUACAGAGGGGAAAAACAAGCGCAUCCACCCGUUGCACUCGCUGGUUGCUCUCGCACCCCUCCCUGCCGCAGGGUGCAUCCUUCGGUCUGCCCAAGACCUGCUCCAGGGCGAGUCCAGCCCUGCGGGGGUGCGGCUUGGGCCGCUCUGAUGGGGUCACUUCCCGCCUCCUCUUUCCUCCUCCCCUUCCUUUCAGUGUUUGGGGUGGGGGCUCUUAAGGUACAGAAUUCCGCAAAGCUUCCAAAGUCCGGGGUGUUCCCCUUUCCCUCCCAGCUCCGCCCUCGCCUGGGUGGCAGAUUUUGAAGGCCUGUCCCUUUGAUUUUCUGAAGGUAACUUUUCUAUGUCUAGAACUUUCUCUCCCAGCUCUGUAGUGGCCCAGGGGUUUGCAUGCUGGCAGUCCCAGCCUUCCUCUCGCUGCCUCCAAUGCCCAGACACUCCCUCCCUCCACCUAAGUAAGUUAGAGGGUGAGUAGGAUAACCAAUGCCAAACUUUUUAAAGUCUAAAAUUUGGAGCAUGAGGUCAUUUCAGUUCCUAGUGUCUAAAACCUGGGAUAGGAGCCCUGGUGGUGCAGUGUUUAAGGCGCUUGGCUGAUAACUGAAAGGUGGAUGGUUCAAACCCACCAGCCAGGAGAAAGAUGUGGCAGUCUGCUUCUGUAAAGCUUACAGCCUUAGAAACCCCGUGGAGCAGUUUUCCUCUGUCCUACAGGGUCUGUAUGCGUCCAGUCGACUUGACUGGCAAUGGGUAGAACAUGGUAUGGUUUUGGCCAGCAUCAUGGAAAGAUGUGGUUACUGAGAUUUGUGAAGAGGUACUUUGCUUUGUGUGCGUUGGGAUAGACUGAAGAUGGGGUUUAUAAAAUGUUAAUUCUAAUUGCGUACUGAUGCCUGGCAGCCAGCCUCUAGGAUAGGCAGCCCAAGCAUUUAGAUUUUACCCUUCCGUAAAAUGAAAAUAUUGAGGUCACCUGGGAAGCUUUGUUAAGGAGUGGAUUUUUUUGCCUUCAUUAACAGGACAGCAAAACAAACUGGAUAUGAAAACUUGAAGAUUUCAGUGAAAUGGACUUCCUUCAAAUGAAGUGCUAUUGUUUUGUUUUUAAUAAAACAAUAAUGAGACAUAUAUCACAAACUUAAAAUGUAAAAGUAGUACACUUUCAACUUAUUAUUAUGGUUAUUAUUCAGCAACACACCCCCUAGGGAGGGAAAAUAGACACCACAAAUAAUAACCUGGUAAUAUUACAGGAGGUAAAGGAGAGGGAAAAAUUGAUGGGGUUAGGUUUUUUGAAUAGACAAACAAAAUAUUGACAUGCAUGCUAAAGGAAAAUAUAUGCUGGUCUGCUGCGCUCAAUCCUGUGUGCUCCUUUUACAGAUUUACAGAAAUUUGUCAAAUGUAAAUCUUUCAAAGCCAUUUAAAAUAUUCUCUUCAGUUCUCUGUGAAAAGGAGGAGAAAAACAAUCCUCUUGAUUGUAUUGUUUUAGACUUCAACAGUUUAUCAGACGUGGUACUUAGGAACUAAAUUUAUGUGUCAUACCCUAAAAUGACUAUGGUUUUUGAAUUUGGUAUGCAUUUAUUCUGUUCACUGUCACAAGAUCAUCUAUAUUUAUAGAGGAAUAGAAGUUUAUAUAUAUAAAAUACCAUAUUUUUAAUUUCGCAAAUAAAAAAAUCAAAGUUUUGUACAAAAUUAUGUGGUUUUUGUGCCUGAAAAUAAUAGUUUGAACUGUCUGCACUAUUCUUUACAUUUCAGUGUCUCAUAAGUGAAUCUCACAGCAUAAAAAUUCAGGAAUUCAAUGAAAGUCUACUUAAACCUUCAGACCAGCCCUUCCAAAGAAUUAUUCUGUUUGCAUUGUUGUAAUUCACCUUGUCAAGUCCCAAGAAAAGAUGGUUUUCAUGACAGUGGAAAAUAGAAGUUUGAAAAUUAUUUCUCUACUCAAAGAGGAUUAUUAAAAGAACUCUAAUUUUAAUAGUAAAACUUUUUUUUUCUUUCAAAGGUAAAUUUACAUGACUUUUUAUAAUAUGGAGGUUUAUUUUUAAAUCAUCAGCCAUCACUCAUCACGAUUUUUAUGAGAUAUUGUCUUAAGUUUUUCUAUAAUCUUGGAUAUUCUGAAAACAUAAAUAGGCAAUAAAUGGUUAAGUGACUGUUUAUAAGCAUUUUAGCAGCAGCUGGGUUAUAAAACUGUUUUGUUGUUUGCUUCUGAAGAUGCCAUUUUAUACCGUUCAGAGAGCCUUCUCCAGAGGACUUAUCUAAUUGGUCUGCCCUUAGAGUUUAUGUAUAUGGAUGUAUGUAUAUGUGUAGAUACAUACACACACACACAAGUAUACACACCAGUCUUUCUAAAAUAGAAAGGCAAAGUGUACUUGUACAUUUUGUAAUAUGGAAAUAAGGUUAUGAGAAAUGGAAAAUGACAGAUGGAAAACCUCAAAUAGCUUUGGCAAACAAGUCUCUUAUUCCUUUACAGAAUAAAAAUAUCUUUGUUAAAUUUCCCAUGAAAACAUUUUAUGGUAAUAUGACAAGGGCCUAAAAUGAAAAUCAUUGAUACAAUAGAGUUACUUUCAUGUUUACAAGGUAGUUUGUCUUAUGAUUUUAAGUCAUUAUCGUUAUUCAUUUUAAGGCAAAUGAAAAAAAAUUUAAUUGAUAAAUAUAUCCUUCAGUUUUAAGUAGCAAGAUGCAAUUAUUAGGUUCUUUGUCUUUGUUAGAUUAAUCUAACAUAGUAGAUACCCAAAACGGUUUUGUAUAGAACCCCAAAAUAGUAAUACUUGGGCCAAAU